AUGCUGGAUGAACUGGCAUUUCUCAUCAAAGGAUAUGAUGGCGUGAUAGAUCGUCGGAAAAAAUUCAUUUGGUUAUGUCGCAUGUUUGAAGUAUGUAAAGAACGACCGGUUCGGUUCCAAGGAAGGAAGGUAAGCCCUGAUUUCCUUCACGCAAAUCUCCUCAUUCGACUCUCCCAUUUCAACAUGGAAGAUCUUGCAGAAGAUGUAAAUGAUGUUCUGGAUACACUGCGAGAGUUCGAUGAACAGCUGUAUUACUUCGUGCUAGUGGCCACAUACCGACUUCCAGACGACUGCCUCGUAGGUAUGUCCUCCGGUAUGCGAAUCAGUGGUGUGUAA